CCCAGAAACUUGUCCCGCGCGCCACGCCGUCCGUCUCCAGGGCAACCCGGCUCCUCCUAGCAACCGCGCAGCCCUGCUAUGGCGGCCGCGGGUCCCAGUGUCUUCCUGCUCAUGGUCAACGGGCAGGUGGAGAGCGCCCAGUUUCCUGAGUAUGACGAUCUCUACUGCAAGUACUGUUUCGUGUACGGCCAGGACUGGGCCCCCACGGCGGGGCUGGAGGAAGGCAUCUCACAGAUCACAUCCAAGAGCCAGGAUGCGCGGCGUGCGCUGGUGUGGAACUUCCCCAUCGACGUCACCUUUAAGAGCACCAACCCCUACGGCUGGCCGCAGAUCGUGCUUAGCGUAUAUGGGCCGGACGUGUUCGGGAACGACGUGGUCCGAGGCUACGGGGCGGUGCACGUGCCCUUCUCACCCGGACGGCACAAAAAGACCAUCCCCAUGUUUGUCCCAGAAUCUGUGUCUAAACUGCAAAAGUUUACCAGCUGGUUCAUGGGACGGCGGCCCGAGUACACAGACCCCAAGGUGGUGGCUCAGGGGGAAGGCCGGGAAGUGACCCGCGUCCGCUCCCAGGGCUUCGUCACUCUCCUCUUCAACGUGGUGACCAAGGACAUGAGGAAGCUGGGCUAUGACACCGGGCCUCCGGACACACAGGGGGUCUCGGGGCCCAGCACGCCCCAGGGCCUCCCCCGGUGAAGGCAUCGGCCCCCUGGGACGGCCCAGCGACCCACCUGCCUGACCUGCCUCGGGGGUGGCGGGUGUUUGUGUAAUAAAGUGUCACCUUUUCACAGA